AGUAGACGCCCUAUAAAAAAGAUCUGACCAAUUACGGGGCCAACACCUCGUCACAUCCUUCUCCGUUCCAGUCUCAGCUUUUGAGUGUUAUUUCUCACUGCAUAGAUUUGUAACGAUCGUCCAUGGCGAAGAGCUUCAAGUACGUGAUCCUCGGAGGAGGAGUCGCUGCGGGUUAUGCAGCAAGAGAGUUUGCCAAACAGGGCCUUAAGCCUGGGGAGCUGGCAAUCGUAUCUAAAGAAGCGGUUGCACCUUAUGAACGUCCUGCUUUGAGUAAGGCUUACCUAUUUCCAGAGUCUCCUGCUAGACUUCCUGGAUUCCAUGUGUGUGUUGGAAGUGGAGGAGAAAGACUGCUUCCUGAGUGGUAUACAGAGAAAGGGAUAGAGUUGAUCCUUAGCACAGAAGUAGUGAAAGUAGAUCUUGCAGCAAAAUCUCUGAUCAGUGCAACAGGAGAAACAAUCACUUACCAGAUUUUGGUUGUUGCUACUGGCUCAACAGUCAUAAGGUUAACAGAUUUUGGUACGCAAGGAGCAGAUGCCAAAAACAUCUUUUAUCUGAGGGAGAUUGAAGAUGCAGAUGUACUGUAUGCGGCAAUCAAAGAAAAGAAGAAUGCAAAAGCUGUGGUUGUUGGGGGAGGAUACAUUGGUUUGGAGCUUAGUGCAGUGCUGAGACUUAACAACAUUGAUGUUACCAUGGUCUACCCAGAACCUUGGUGCAUGCCACGCCUUUUCACAUCUGGUUUAGCUGCUUUCUACGAGGGAUAUUAUAAGAAGAAGGGGGUCAACAUCAUUAAAGGCACUGUUGUGGUUGGGUUCACUUCUAAUUCAAAUGGAGAGGUAAAAGAAGUCAAACUGAAGGACGGCAGGGUUUUGGAAGCUGAUAUCGUUGUUGUUGGUGUUGGAGGAAGACCUCAGACGGCUUUAGUCAAAGGGCAGGUUGAAGAGGAAAAAGGUGGAAUCAAGACUAAUGCUUUCUUUGAAACAAGUGUCCCUGGCGUGUAUGCUGUUGGUGAUGUUGCUACUUUCCCUUUAAAAUUGUAUGGUGAGAUGAGAAGAGUUGAACAUGUUGAUCAUGCUCGCAAAUCUGCAGAGCAGGCAGUGAAGGCCAUCAAGGCAGCUGAGGAAGGAAAAACAACUGAGGAAUAUGAUUACCUUCCAUACUUCUAUUCUCGUUCCUUUGAGCUGUCUUGGCAAUUCUAUGGCGACAACGUUGGCGACACAGUGCUGUUUGGAGACAACAACCUGGAGUCACCAAAGCCCAAGUUUGGAACAUACUGGGUCAAAGACGGGAAAGUUGUUGGGGCCUUUCUGGAGAGUGGAACUCCUGAGGAGAACAAGGCUAUUGCCAAGGUUGCAAGGGUUCAGCCUCCAGUACAGGAUAUUGAUGUGCUUGCUAAGGAAGGUCUUUCCUUUGCCAGUAAAAUAUGAUUGUGUAAGCUGUUGCUUGGUGAUCGCAAAUAUUAAUCCUGUUCUGUAUUGACUUCCUUUUACUCUGUAUUGUCUCUAUAGAGAACUUGUGUGUCUUGGUUUUCUUUCAAAUGCAUAUUUGUUGUUGCAAGGGAUAUGCUUUGACCUAGCCUUCCCACACCUCUCUCUCUAUAUCUUCUCAUAGUAGACCUGGUGUGAUAUCUGUGGGAACUGUGAAUAAGACGGCAAAUGAGAUUUCGGCCUCAUCACAGCCCUUCUGUUUCGAGGAACACCUGUUUUGUUAUUGAAUGAAAGGCCUUGCUCGGUUAUU